CAGAGCGAGACGGCUGUACUGACGCAGAUACAAGCUGAUGUGUCCUCGGUUUAUAUCGCUCAUUCAAUGAGUUGAACAGUUCGUUUGUAUAUGAGCGACACAGGCGUUGUCGCUGCUCGGUUGCCGUCAAAACUUCUAACAUUGUUUUCAAAUAAAGUGUGCAUAGUGUUACAAAGACUGUUUCUACGCGCAAAAUUUAUAAAUAGCAGUGAUAUUAACACGAUCAUGUGUAACGCGGAGGUAGUUAAACCUUUACCACUAUCCCUGAGAGUGGUUCAUGUGCUGAGAUUGAUAUUUGCAAGUAUCGGGAAGUUUGUCUUAAGUUUAUACUAUGGAAACGAAGGAGAAAAGAUUCCACCGAUAUACGAUGAUAUCCUGAAACAACCGGCUAUUAUAGUUGCGAAGAAAAUCCGGAAUAAAGAGAUCACGAGCGUGGAAGUGGUAGAGGCAUGUAUACGGCGGAUUAAAGAUGUUAAUUCUGCCCUAAACUUCUUCGUCGAAGAUCGAUUCGAAGCGGCUUUGAAGGAAGCACGCGAGGCCGAUGAACUCGUCCGAAGCGGUUCGAUGUCGGCCGCACAGUUGGAACAAGAGAAACCCUUCCUCGGCGUUCCAUUUACAACCAAAGACUGUAUAGGUGUCAAAGGAUUGCACCAAACAGCCGGUGUGGUACUUCGCAAGGAUGUUAUCGCUGAUAAGGACUGCGAUGUUAUCAUGCUGUUAAGACAGAAUGGUGCCAUCAUCUUAGGACUCACGAAUGUCCCUGAAUUGUGCAUGUGGUGGGAGACUCAUAAUCACAUCCAUGGCAGAACCAACAAUGCUUACAACACUACAAGGAUGGUUGGUGGUUCAUCUGGCGGAGAGGGGUGUUGCCAGUCUGCUGCUGGAAGCGUCUUCGGUAUAGGUUCCGACAUCGGUGGUUCGAUACGCAUGCCAGCCUACUUCAACGGAAUUUUUGGUCACAAGCCGUCGCGAAACAUUGUCUCGAACGAAGGACAGUAUCCCGUUCCGGAGUCUGAUUUACUGAAUUCAUUUUUGGGCAUUGGUCCAAUGACCAGAUAUGCGGUGGACUUGAAGCCUAUCAUGAAAGUUAUAGCAGGACACAACGCUAAGAAACUCAACUUAGAUGAACCUGUCGAUAUUAAGAAACUCAGGUAUUUCUAUCAGUUUAGUACAAAUGGUCCUUUGGUGGACGCUGUUGAUCCAGAAAUUAUAGCCGCCAUGAAAAAGGUCACAGAAUUCUUGAAGAAACAAUAUAAAAUAGAGGCGCAGGAGAAGAAAAUACCACUUAUGCGCAAGGCAAUGGCCAUUUGGUUCGCAAAUAUGAAGAGUAAGAAAAGGUUUGGUGAAUUUAUUAUGCCCAACGACAGUGUAGGCAGCAUAUUGUUCGAAAUGGUGAAAAAUGCAUUUGGACUAUCUGGUAACACAUUCAUUGGUCUUUUCACGUCACUGUUCGAUUAUGGAGGUGCUGAGGUCGGAAGCGAAAGAUACAAGCAUUAUCUCAAACUUCGCGACGAUUUAGAGAUGAUAUUUGUAAACAUGCUGGGUGAUGACGGCGUGUUCUUCUUCCCCACUCAUCCGACAACGGCACCGUACCACAAUGAACCGCUCGUCCGACCCUUCAACUUCUCUUACACUGCCAUCAUUAACUGCUUAGGACUACCAUCAACAACAGUGCCUCUAGGUUUAAGCAGGGAAGGUUUACCAAUUGGUAUCCAAGUGAUAGCCAAUCACAACCAAGACAGAUUAUGUUUCGCCGUAGCUGAAGAAUUAAAUCAAGCAUUUGGAGGAUGGGUGGAACCCCAAAAAUCAUAAAUAAUAUUAUUUGUAUAACAUUACAAUGCUAUCAAAGUGCAUGUCACAAUAUUUUUUUUAUAUUUAACAAAUUUAUAUAUUGCCUUAAAUGUUAUUUGUAGUGAGAUUUAAUUUAUAAUGAUAUUUUAUGAAUAAUCUUGUUUAUGCGAGAUAUUUUUAGAUGUGUGUUGGCAUUGAGAUACGAACUGGCUAUGAAUGGUACAAGGAUUUUUACUAGUGAUGACUGUUCUCCCUUUUCAUAGAAAUGAGUACCUAUACUUAUUACGAAUCAUAGUUUCUUUUCGAUAAUCAUUUUAUUUUUGUAAUACCUACCUACAAGUAAAAUUAUCUCAUUUAAGUAAAAUAUGAAGUUAAUCGUAAGGUCUCGUUAGUUACUACUUAUCUAAUUUUUUUACGAGAAGGCAAACAAAUGUUAAUAUUUUUAAAGCAUUUUCUAAGUUAGGUAAGUAGUACUUAUUUGUAUGAAAUGAGUAACAAGAUGAUCUAUUAUUAUUAUUAUGUAUUAGAUAGAUUGUAUCGGAGUACUGGGAAAUGUCUGUUUAACCUAUUCAAUAGGAAAAGCGAAAUGUAAUAAAUUUAUUUUUCAAAAAUUUA